AUGCCUCCCCCGCUCUCAAACCCCAGGGGCCUUCCCACCGUCCACCACACCUUUACCUUCACCGAAGAGUCAUCGCCCAAUUUCAUCUUGCCAUACGACAACAACAACACCCUCAUCGUCGCCCAACCGCCCGUUUCCCCCUCCAACGCCGCCGCGAGCAUCAACCCCGCCACAGACCGCACCAACCUCCAACUCCUCAAACGCAUCAUGUGUUUCCCCUACCCCCUCGCCAUAGAAUGGAAACCAACCCAACCCACCCUCCGCCCCAUCAUAACCGAACGAGACCACGAAGUCGGCAAACUCACCGACCCCCGCGGCCGCGAGACCCUAAACCACGUCGUCAAAACAAUGCACGCUACAAUCCGCGCAUUCAAAGAAAAAUCCGCCGACACCCUCGUCGCGUCACGCCAGCGCGGCCAAAAGCGACAUGGUUUAUUAAUAUCACCCAUUAUGAGCAGGCCGUACUCCGUAUUUGAAGCAGCAGGCGCCAUGAUGUACGCUAUGGAAUGGACGGGUCAUGACAGCGAUGAUAGUGAUGAUAGUGAUUCGCUUCAGGACACGGAUGAUGAUGACGACGACAAGAUGCUGCUGCUGCCCGUUGAAGGCAGCACCACGGGCCCGUUGAAGCCCGGGUACGUGUUGAAGCCUCCGGUUGAGUGCUUUAGGAGAUUUGUGCCGGACCUGAGGCGCAUGAUCAAGAUCAUGCUCGUUGUCGACUAUGGGUUUACAUCGGAUUCAAUACGCGUGUCAGGGGCAGGAGUAACUGUUCCUUCAUGGUCCGACUUCAUGAUGGUGUCCGACUUUCUUGUCCGCAUCGCGCGGCUUUGGAGAUGGCAGCAGGGUGUCCCCGACGAUAGGUCGUGGGCGCUCAUUUCGCGCCUAGUGGGGGAUUGGGUCGACGAUGAUGGACUAAGAUUACCGGUAUGGGAUGCUGCUACGAUGAUUUACUACUACCAGGUUCAUCGAAGCGUUGAUGCCAGGGGCGAACACCUGGAUGAAGCCUGUGCGGGAUUUACAGGGUACACUGGAGUCCUGAAGGAGAUGAUCGAUGAAGUCCCUACCAGGGGAAAAGACCGACUGGAACGGAAGUUAUCCCUAGAUGCCCAUAUUCUCAUUCCAGAGUUCAUCCGCGACCGACAGGUUCAGCAAGAAAUGCUGUUGAAGGCCCAACACCUUGCGGUCCAGUACGGUUGCCAGCUCGCGCCCCCAGAGAUGCGCAAGCCUCUUGAGGUGCCUCAACCCCCUGAGGUGCCUCAACCCCCUGAGAUGGCCAGGUCGUCACUGUGGCGCCGGGUGCUGGACAAAAUCGUGCCUCAUCGAGGACCCGACUGUCGCGAGGUCACAGAGAAAGUGGAGGAGAAGCUGAAAGAUCUGGAAUGGGAUAGUGAUUAG